CUGGAGCAUCACAAAUCCCCUUUUCUUUCUUCUAAGCUUCUCUUUCUCAGUCCAUAUAAUUGCUCACCUAAUUCCGUAAAACUUCCUUCUGCAUUUGUCAACAACUGCAUGCCUGUUAACUCUGUUCCUUCCUUUAUUUUUGGGUUGGGAUCCUGUGAACAGAAGAAUGGAAAGCAGCCUUCCCAAAGAUACUCCUCAAAGGCCAUUGUCAAGGCCAUGUCCAAUCAAGGCACGCAGGAGAUCAUGUUGAAGCUACAAAGCAACUUGUGUGGUGAUUACACUGAAGAUCGAUUGUCUAUGAGUGUGAAGCAAAAAGAUACGAAUGUUAUUUCCUUUGAUCCAGAGUCGUGUUCUGAACAGACCAUCCAGUCCAGCUACAAAGGGAUCUACACAUGGCCGAAGACAGUUCCCCCCAGUGUGGUAACCUUGCCCUGCAAGUCCAAACGGGAGUUGACAGCUUCCAGAGCAUGCUUGAUUAACAUUCGGACUGAAAAAGCCUACUGGAGGAGGCAAAACUUGACCGCGUGUCCUCUGUUGCAAAAUUUGCCAGAUAAUAUAAUGGGUCUUAAAAAUUUCACCAUCACAGUUGAAAACGCUGAAGACAUGGCAGGCCACAUUAUAUUUCUCUUAAGUUUUUCUGAUCUGGGUAAAGAUGAAAUCGAGGUCCUGAUGGGCAAACUCACGGAUAUUGCCAACUGUGAAGAAAUCAGCCUGGCCCUGGCUAGGAAGGCACUGCGAAUUAUAAAUAUCUUUAUGGAAAAUAAAAUCCAACUGCAGGAUAUGCCAGCGGUGCUGAGCAAAAUCUUACGGCUCAUGGAACAAAUCGGUUUCAAGAUGAACUUCAGUGGGAGAAAUGAAUCUAUCGUCUUGCCCAGGAUGGCUUUGGCUGUGCUACGCCCAGAUCCCAUGAACUUCCAAGGAGUUGCUUUUGGGAUCGUAUCUCACACCUUGGAGACAAAUCCACAGCUUGUUAUCCGUCCAACACCCUUCACAGAUGUCCAGGACUCGAUAUAUUUGCCGGGAUUGUUGAGAAACUACUUAGGGCCCCAAUCUUUUGAAAGAGAAGGUUUCAUUGGGAUUCAAUUUACCUUCUUUGGUGCACCGUUAUUGUUUGAGGACAACUGUCUGAAGAACAAAGUUCUGAACACCUAUGUUGUGGGUGCCAGCGUUGAAAACAAGACCGUUCGAGACCUCAAGGAGCCAGUCAGCAUAGUUCUGCAGCACAGAAUCCCAUAUGUGGACAAUGCUAUCGUGCAGUGUGUGUUCUGGGACUUCCGUAGGAAUGAUGGCCUGGGAGGCUGGAAUACCUCUGGAUGUGAAAUAAAACAUACGGAGAGGGCUUACACAAUCUGCAACUGUAAUCAUCUGACCCAUUUUGGAGUUUUGCUGGACUUAUCUCGGACACCGCUCAGUGAUGCCGAUGAGCGGGCUUUAACACUGGUGACCUAUGUAGGAUGUGGCAUCUCCUCUAUCUUCCUGGGCUUGGUGCUGUUGGUGUACCUCUCCAUUGACAAAGUUCGUGAGGAUCGCCCUUCCAAAAUCCUCAUCAACCUUUGCUUUGCUUUGCUCAUGCUCAACCUCGUAUUUUUGGUGAACUCCUGGCUAGCCACGUUUCAGAAGCACGGCCUUUGCAUCACAGCUGCUGUGGCCUUGCACUACUUCUUGCUCUCUGCCUUUACCUGGAUGGGUCUGGAAGCUGUCAACAUGUAUUAUGCUCUUGUGAGAGUGCUCAACACCUAUAUUCCACAUUACAUGCUCAGGUUUUCCAUAGCUGGCUGGGGAAUUCCAGCAGUUAUUGUUAUUGUUUGCCUCACCAUCAGCAGAGAUUUCUAUGGGACUGAAUUUGCUUUGGGAAGCAGUGAUGGCCCAUCAAUGCUAUUUUGCUGGAUCCAGGACAACUGGGUAUUUUACAUCUCUGUAGUUGGGUAUUUCAUCCUGGUGUUCCUGAUCAAUGUCAGCAUAUUUGUGACUGUCCUUUGGCAAGUCCGUGUUAUGAAAGCCAACAGCCCCAGGCCAAGGAAGGACUGGAGCCAAGAGUUCCUCCUUGACUUGAAGAGGGUGACCAGCCUGACGUUCUUGCUGGGCUUGACGUGGGGUUUUGCCUUCUUUGCAUGGGGCCCCAUGAAGACUGUUUGCAUGUACAUCUUUGCCACUUGCAACUCCUUGCAAGGGCUCUUCAUCUUUGUUUUCUACUGCCUCAUGAAGGAAAACGUGAGGAAGCAAUGCCAAGUACACUUCUGUUGUGGGAAGUUCCAGCUCAGCAAUUUUGACUGGACCAGCUCAGCCACCACGCUGGGAUGGCACCCUCGAGCCUUUCAGCGGAAACAGUCGUGUCAUUCUUCGAAGUCACUCAAGUCUUGCACCACAGGGUCUAUCUCCGAUGGCUCUGAAAGCUUACCAGAAGCGAGUCCAGAUGGCGGGGCUGAAACUGAUCGUGUUGUUUGCUGGAGCACCAGCCAUAUGUCCUCAACUUCUCAGGCAGUCAAACUUCCUCGUGUGAGAAGAAUAUCACCAGAAGAUGUUGAGAUAUUUUUCACAGAGAAAAAUAAAGUUUUGUCUUAAAGGGGAA